AUGGCGAACCAGGAGUGGAAUAAAAGAGUGGAAGAUAAUGUUAAGUUAUAUGGUAGGAAAUCAUUUGAUAAUCCAGAAUUGCAACAGCAUACAUCCGGAAAUGAUAUUCGACAAAUUGACGAAGCAAUAAAUUCGCAAAGUUUGAUGCUUGAAGAUCAACAACAUCGUAAUUUUUCGGAGGAAUGGCAAACUGAGAAGCAAGUAAACUUUGAGACUUUAUAUCAUGACGAAAGCUCGCGAAGGGAUGAAGCAGAAAUAAGUGAUGACACGGUGAAUGAAAAUUCCGGAAAUUGGGAUUUCGGAAAUCAGCAGUCCGAGAAAGAUGAAGUAGUACCCAACGUUUUCAGCAAAGAAAACAUUGAACAACGAACUCCAAUUGGAGAAUUAGGUCUAAAAAUUAACGGAACUGUGUUUCCUGAAGAUUUUACGACAAACACUAUUCUCAUUGGGAUUCAGUUCAGCGAUGGAAAAUUACUUGACGUAAUUGGUGGUUUAAGUAACAUUGCCAAUGAUCCUGAACGGGGGCUUCAUCUUCAAAUGACAGAAUACGAGAAGCUGGAAGAAACAGAAACUCCGGACGAAAUAUUACAUUUAAUACCGACGAGUAAUGAGGGCUCUCAAGAAACUCCACUUAAUGCGGAAUCUUCUGAAAGGGUUCAUUCCAAAGAACUUAUUAAAAGAGAAAUCCAUGCAGAAUUGGAAUAUUUUGUGUCAGAAGCUGUGGGUGAGAGAGAAAAGAUUAAGGGCGAUGUCAUCCACCUGACAAUGAUAGAUAAAGCUCAUCGUUUCACAGAAGAUAUUCCUUUAGAGCAAGAUAAACUCGGAAAAACUUCUAUCAAAGAAAAAUAUUUCGGGAACUUGGCUUUUUUUGAAAAUGAAGAGGGAUUUGCUGUAGAACGAAAAGAAAUUGGCCGCAGAAAUGAGCUUAUGGAAUCGCUGGUAUCGGAAUAUGAUCCGGAAAAUGCGACUCAGAAGAUUUCGAGAGAAGAUGAGCCAGAAAAAGAAAUUGCUGAAAGAAGAUCUAAGCAGCCUUCGAUGAAUAUAAAAUUAGCGCAGGUUUUGGAAAAACCUGAAAAUGUAAAGAAAAUUGAUGAACGUCGAGAACAAUUUGAGAGUCAAGAAGUUCAAGAAAAUGCACUUUAUGAAGAACAACAAGAAAAGGAAACGAAUGCUGAAAUCGAUGGGAAUAUAAAAACUCCGAAUAAAUCGAUGGGAAUGAUUUUAAAAGAGAAAAAAAAAGCUUCUGAAACAAGUGUUUUGGUUCAUGAGAGUAAGAUAGUACCGGAAGAAGGCAGAAAAUCUGAUUCUGCACCAAAUAUUUCGGGUCCCAAACAUAAAAUGGAUAGUCAAGAAAGUGAUGGGAAUACAGCAGUAAACAGUGCUACGGUCAAAGUGAAGUCUACUGGCUCUCUUGGAUCUGUAAAUAUGUGGGGAACGCAAAAACUCCAAGAAGGGUACAAAAAGUAA